AUGAACAUAUUCUCAGUGAUAUCUAACCUAGUGUUGGCAGCCUUACUCCCGCUGUGCGCGGUUGACAUUCUGUCGUCGCACAAGAUUCCCAACCCUGAUGAUGGGAAAUGCCAGCUUAUCAGCACGUUUUCCUUGAUCACGCAGGCAUCUCUUGGGUUGUUAUGUCUUUCAUGUUUAAUUGUCAAGAGAUUCUAUGAAUACCCGUUACGUAGAACAUGGCCAGUGUGGCUGUUUGACGUUCUGAAACAGCUUAUUGGAGCAAUGGGGCUUCAUGUUUGCAAUGUAUUCUUAUCGAUCCUCAAAGGACAAAAGCAGACCAAUGUGUUUGCAGACGACCCUACGAAUGGAGGGGGAGCAUCUGAUGGUGAAGAUCCUUGUGAUUGGUACUUUUUGAACAUUGUUUUCGAUUGCACCAUUGGUGUAUUUGUAUUGUAUAUCAUUUUUGGAUACGUUAACAAAUUUUUGAAAGAAAAAUUACACGUUACUCACAUUGAAUCAGGAGAAUAUGGACCAGAUCCAAACAAACCUUCAUUCAGAGCAUAUUUCAAGCAACUUGCGGUAUACUUUGGGUCAUUAAUGGCCACAAAAGUGGUGUUGUACUACUUUAUGGAACUAUUUGCAGACCAAUUGCUUUGGUUUACCAGUCAUGUUUUACUCGUAUGGCUUAAUGAAUAUCCUGAUGAGUUUGAGAUCUUUGUUGUGAUGUUUGUGGUUCCAAUAUUUAUGAAUUGUUUGCAAUUAAUAUUAGUUGAUACCAUCAUUCAAAACCAGUUAUUGAUCCAAACAAACACCAGAUUACAUCAUGAACAUUGUGAUCAUGUACCUGUCGACGAACAUGACAGGUCUAAAGUUGGAGAUACCUACGGAACCUUUGAGAAUGAGGAAGUUUAG